AAUAUUUAAAAUUCAAAGCAACCCCGACACCCAUUUCCAUCUUCACCAAGAACUACCCAUCAAAUACACAUCAUGGCAAUCGAAUCAAGCCAAACUAAUAGAUUCGAUGAACUCAACCCACCACUAACAUCAUGGGUUUCAGAUACCAUCAAAUCGUUUGGAUUCCAACAGAUGACCCCUGUUCAAGCUCACACAAUCCCACUAUUCUUACAAAACAAGGAUGUGGUAGUCCAAGCAGUUACGGGAUCUGGCAAGACCUUGGCAUUCGUAAUUCCUAUCAUCGAAAGACUGAUUCAGCUAGAACCACGGCCGCAUUCCCAUGUUGCUGCAAUCAUCAUCAGCCCUACAAGGGAAUUGGCAACCCAGACAUUCCAGGUCUUAAACCAAUUCCUCGAGAACCGUCCUUCCCCCUCCGAUCAAGCCAGCUGCUCAUCAGAUCCUGUUACGCCCUUUCUCAAAGCAAUGUUACUGAUUGGAGGUACCGGAGCUCGAUCGAUUAAACAAGAUCUAUCAGAAUUUCAAGAAUAUGGGGCCAAUAUCCUCGUGGCUACUCCCGGAAGAUUGGAAGAAUUCUUGUUCGGUUAUAGUAGUCUCAACAAACGCAAAACCAAUGAUCUUUCUGAAUUCAAACAGAGAUCACAAUUCAAGACCCUCGCCAACUUGAAAAGUUUAGAAGUCUUAGUACUCGAUGAGGCUGAUCGGUUACUCGACUUGGGUUUCGCACCAGUGCUUUCUAAUAUUUUGGGAAAAUUACCUAAACAGCGAAGGACGGGUUUAUUUUCGGCGACAUUGCUCAACGACGGCUUAACCGAACUAAUCAGAGCCGGUCUUAGAAACCCAGUCAAGGUCCUAGUCAAAGUCCAAACAGCACAUCAGAACCUGCGUGAAAAUGAGGCCGGGCCCACGGCUUUAACAAAUCAGUACAUUGCAGUCCCGAAAGUCGCUUGGAAGAUGCCUCAGUUGGUUCGGCUACUCAACCACCUCGCAUUCCCCGAUCCUGAGGAAAAUACUCCCGGGGCCAGAAAAUUAAUCAUUUAUUUUGCUACUUGUGCUUGUGUGGAAUAUUUUUACAAGAUUCUUUCGGUACUCGAUGAGUUGAAAUCAUUUUCAGUUCAUUCACUUCAUGGUCAACAAAGUCCGACUCGAAGAUCGAUGACCUUCACAGCCUUCAAAAACUCUAAUCCGCUAUCACCGGCCGUAUUACUCUGUACGGACCUCGUGGCUCGAGGACUAGAUCUUCCCGAUGUGGACGUCGUUAUUCAGUUCGAUCCUCCGAAAGAUGUCCGGAAUUUCUUCCAUCGGAUCGGUCGGACGGCAAGGGCAGGUAAAAGUGGACGUGCAAUCGUCUUGCUCCAAUCCAAUCGAGAAUUGGACUAUGUUGAUUACCUGAAGCUCAAGAACUUGCACCUAAAACCCCUCCCAUACAUCCGAUCAUGUUCACGCUCGAAUGGGGCUCAAGGAUCUGAAAUCGCCACGGAUUCAGCCGCCGAAGAAUUUAUCCGUAAGGUCAAAAAUAUUGUCAAAACGGAUCGGGCAUUGCACGAUCGUGGCGUCAAAGCGUUUGUAUCAUAUGUUCAGUUUUAUUCGAAACACGAAGCCUCUUACAUAUUCAAGCUGGACCAGAUUGAUUUGCUGUCACUUGCCUUUCACGGAUUUGGGCUGAUCAAAUUGCCGAAGAUGCCUGAAUUGAAGAAAUUUCGAACUCAAAUCGACUUAGUUACCCCAGAUGGAUUUGAAGUGGGGCAGGAGGAAUUCGACUGGCCGAAAUAUUCCUACCUAGAUCCACUGAAAGAAACUCAACGGCAGGAGAAAUAUAAACAAACCACAGAAGCGCAAAGAAUGAUCAAAGAGUCCAACGAAGCCAACAACAAGUCGAGCGGAUUGACUAAACCCAGUCGAAAAUCUGGACAAACCAGUACACCAAUCGACAAGAAAAUCCAGGCAUUGGAGCAGAAAAAGCUACCGGAAAAAGCGGCUUGGUCGAAGAAAAUUAAUGCCAAGAUCUCGAAAGAACAGAAACGAUUGAAACGAUUGAGGGAGCAAGAAGCAGGCGGCCCAGGCGAUAAUAAUCAGGACAACCAGGAAAAUAACAAGAAUAAUGAGGAUAAUGAUGAUGAUGAGGAUGAUGGAGAGACAGAUUGGAAGGAACUGGUGAUGGAGAAAAAAACCCUUAAGAAACUCAAGUUGGAUCUCGAUCAUCAGAAAUCAAUCGAUCGUCUUCCUAUCACCGAGCAUCCAAAUCCUGCCCAAAGCUCUUCUGGGUUCGAUAAAAAUUUAGGAGAAUUUUUCCUUGGCUUGGCUUGAACUGUGAACUUCUUAUGCAAUUCUCGUUUCUUCCUUUUUGGGUCACCAUUAUGUGAUAGAUUUUUUUUCCUUGACUUCUUGGGGGCUGCAGGAGUUUAUGACGAGAGAUUGGGGUUCAGCGUUUUUU